AUGUCUCAUCCAGCAGCAAGUGUGAAAUCGAUUUACAGUGGUAAGGUCAACCUUGAUCGUGAAGGUAUGGACCCUUAUGGAUAUGAUGAAGAUAUGGAUGAUAUACACGAUAAGAUAGAAUCCCCCAGCAGCCAUGUUUCAAAUCUCAGCGUGAGUUCUCGUAAUCUUCGCACUUUGAAUGACACCAUGGUGCAACCUCCCAAUAACAAACUAAUGUAUAAACAAGAUUCGUCGACUAAUAUUUCGAUAGCGUCGUCCUCUAGUGACUACCAAAACAACGUUAACGAUUUAAACGAUGUCACCAACUUAAGUGUUGAUAUUACCAGUGAUACUAGCAGUCCCGCCGGUAUGGACCGCAAUCAAGAAACAGUUCAGUUUGAAGGAUCUCGACCAAUGUCGAGAAAUUCGACUACAUCAUGCUUAUCCACCACUGCCACCAAAGAUGGCGUUGAAGGAAAACGAUUCCACCGGUAUGGACCCUCGCCGUAUUCAGCAGCCAUUAUACAGAACAUGAUUCAAACUCAUAAUCUUCAGGAGGAUUAUUCGCCCAGUUAUGCGGCAAAACCCCAGCUUUCCGGUACACCGGGGUAUGGAAUACCUUUCUCUCCUAGUGUUGCUGACCUGAACAACAUGAGCCUGGUUUCUUUACAAACCACCAAUGCAGAAUUUGAUGGAGAACCUGGGGAAAGAAGAAUGAUUCAAAUCGAGGAAUACUCGAAUUCCGUCCCUCCUGUAUCCCUUAAAGAGAAGAUAAACCUACUCGAUAAUGACCGAUAA